AUGGCCAUCACUGAGGUGUGGGAUGGUGUGGCGGAGGUACACAUGGCCCUGAACAACCAGGCCACUGGCCUCCUGAACCUCAAGAAAGACAUCCGGGGAGUGCUAGACCAAAUGGAAGACAUCCAGCUGGAGAUUCUAGGGGAGCGUGCCCAGUGCCGUACCCAGGCCAGGAAGGAGCAGAUGGCAUGCAUAGUGAAGGCAAGGCCAAAACUGGGAUGUCCUGAAAGCCUCAAAGGCCAACUCUGGCUGCUGGCCCUGAGGCUGCUGCUGGGCGCCCUGCUGGCCUGCACCGCCGCCUAUGUGUACGUGGUGGACCCUGCGCCCUUCGAGGGGCUGGUGCCGCCCCUGCUGAGCCGCGCCGCAGUCUGGAAGCUCCGGGCCCUCCUGGGCCCAUUCCUGCACCUCGAGGUGGACGACUUCCUGCCCUUCUAG